UUGAAAACUUUUUUCAAACACCCUUCCUCUUGCAGGAAAUGUGGUGCAAUUUCUGAAUCCACUCUCAGCUGCACCCUCAGGGGUCUUUCCCCUCAGAUGAUGUUUUCUUACUCCUGCAAACAAUGGGCGCUGGGGAAAAAAAUGCUGCUUGCAUGACAAUAAUGUGAUGCUGUUCCUAAUGAUCCUGGUGUUAAGACGCUCUGCACUGUUCUGUCAUCUAUCAUACAUAUUGUUUCCAGGGCAUCAUGAGUGUGGAAAAGAAGACGGCACGAGAGCCAUGCUGCUCCAAAUUAAAGAUGUUUUUGGCUGCCAUGUGUUUUGUUUACUUUGCCAAAGCUUUUCAGGGCAGCUACAUGAAGAGCUCUAUCAUGCAGAUUGAGAGACGUUUUGACAUUCCCAGCUCACUGAUUGGAUUUAUUGAUGGAAGUUUUGAAAUUGGUAAUCUGUUUGUAAUAGCUUUUGUGAGUUACUUUGGUGCUAAGCUUCAUAGACCACGACUCAUAGGAGCUGGAUGUUUAAUUAUGGCCAUGGGAUCCUUCAUAACUGCGGCACCACAUUUCUUCCAAGGACUGUACAAAUACGAAACAACAAUUUCCCAUUUCUCUGCCUCUAAUGGUACAGAGAAUAUUCUACCAUGCUUAACCAAUGGGAGUCUUGCACAAGAUGAAAUUCCCACUGUGGAAAUUCAAGCAGAUUGUGAGAAAGUAGCCAGUUCUUCCUUGUGGCUCUAUGUGUUUCUCGGGAACAUGCUUCGUGGGGUAGGAGAGACACCCGUCAUGCCUCUUGGGUUGUCUUAUCUGGAUGAUUUUUCGAGGGCGGAAAACACUGCUCUUUACAUGGCUCUCAUACAAACUAUGGGAAUAAUGGGGCCCAUGUUUGGAUUCAUGCUAGGAUCUUUCUGUGCCAAGCUCUACGUGGACAUAGGAGCAGUGGACUUAGAUUCCAUCACUAUCAACCACAAAGACUCACGUUGGGUUGGUGCCUGGUGGCUGGGCUUUUUGUUAACUGGUGGAGUGAUGUUACUGGCCGGAAUUCCCUUUUGGUUCCUUCCCAAGUCUCUUCCUAAGCAGGGUGAGACUGAAACUGUGAAACAAUCUAAUGUUGUAGAGGGCGAGCAGGAGCGUUUCAUUCCUGACAACAACAAGCACAGUAAUGCUCCCGACAAACCAGCUCCAGUUUCCAUGGCAGCUCUGGCUAAAGAUUUUCUGCCAUCACUGAAGAAACUCUUCAGCAACACAAUUUACAUGAUCUUCAUUAUCACCACUAUCAUACAAGUCAAUGGUUUUAUAGGUCUGAUGACAUUUCAGCCAAAGUACAUGGAGCAAACUUAUGGCCAUUCAGCAUCAAGGGCCAUAUUAUUAAUAGGUGAGUUUACAUUUGCCUAUAAUACACUAAUUUCUCAAUGUAACAUGGCUUGCUCCUGCUCUCUUAAACACUGGGAUCCCAUAUGCGCCGCCAGCAAUGGCUUGACCUAUGCCUCCCCGUGCCUCGCUGGCUGCCAAACCUCCACUGGAGUUGGCAAGGAGAUGGUAUUCCACAACUGCACCUGCAUUGGAGAUUCGCCUUUCCCAUAUGCAAACAUGUCAGCAGUGCUGGGCCAGUGCCCUCGCAAGAGUGAUUGUGACUACAUGUUUAAGUUCUACAUGGCGGUGACAAUCAUUGGUUCCUUUUUCCCGGCUUGUGCAGCAACACCAGGUUACAUUAUUCUGCUCAGAUCCAUAAAUCCAGAACUAAAGUCUUUGGCUCUUGGUGUGCAUAUCCUGCUUAUUCGGACUCUGGGUGGAAUUCCCCCUGCAAUAUAUUUUGGAGCCUUGAUUGACAGGACCUGUCUGAAAUGGGGCACAAACCAAUGUGGAGGGAGAGGAGCGUGUCGUAUCUAUGAUUCCAUUGCCUUCAGAAAUUCUUACUUGGGUGUUAUUUAUGGCCUGUUUGCUGCAUCCUUUGUGCUGUGCGGAGUCCUGUACAAUAGACUGUCUCAUCGUGAAAAGAACCAAGCACUGAAGUCCCAAUUAAAAGCUCCAGAACAGGAUGGCAAUGGUGUUUCAACUGGCAAUAGGAAUGUAUCUUCAUCUAUCAUAAAAUGCGAUGAAAAGCCAGACCAGGAGACCACUAUCUGAAGUCUUCCAGUCAAAUGUGUCCAUUGCACUAAAAACUGUUAUAAAGAUAUAACUCCCAAA